AUGCUAUCUCAACUACCCACAGAGCUCCUGUAUCAAGUCUUUGAUCAACUGGAAUCCUACCAAGAUCUAUCCAAUCUAUCGUUUACGUGCCAUCGCAUGUUCUUGAUCUCUCAAGGUACCACUUUGCGUCGUAAAUUAUUCAAAAGGCUGUUCCGUGUGGAACAAAACAAAAUUUUCUUACAAGACAAUGAACUGUUUAUCCAACUAUGCCACUUUAUCGAAGCCUCUAAAAUCAGCCCCACGUCUAGUUCCAUCAUGGACGUCUUGGAACAGCAAAUCAAGACAAGCCAUUUUGUUGCUUAUGACUAUCCAAGCAAUGCAGUCAAGGGGAAGAUAUUGGAUGUGUUUCGAUCUCAAUGUCAAGAGGUAAAGGACAAUUUGGCAGGUAUUGCAAUCUCAAAAGCCACUCGUCAUAUCACACAAUCUGGACCUCGUCGAGUCUACUACGAUGUUACGGUGGAUGACAAAAAGUACAAGUGUAUCUUUUACGAUUUAGACAAAGUAGUGGCUUUUGUGGACAACAGUUUAUAUACGGUUCAUCGAGGUACAAUGGAAUUUAAAGAUGAAGGUAUCCUAUCUGAUGUGUCCUGGAGCGCUAUUUUCAAAGCCAAACAAAGCCAAGCAAACAACAUGGUGCUGCCGUCUGUUGACAUGCCACUAUCUGGUUCCUUCAGUAGCAAAAUGAUGCCAAACACUCAAGUCCAUUUAAUUCCUCGCACACCUUCUGGCUGGCGGCCUUGUCUCCUGCACACUUUUCAGCACUGCGUCCUCCAAGCCAACAUCAAGAAAGGCUGUCUAGUAAGAAAUCAGACAUUUGACUACGUCUUUGUGUAUGAAAAUAGACAUGAUGAUGCAAUUUGCAUUGAAUUUUGCUCCACUGGUGAAUCUAGCACCGAGCUCGUUUCCCGUGGUUACUUACUGAUGAAGGAGCAUGUCAUUCAGUGGAACACAACAACACCUACUGCCCCAUAA